AUGACCAAUGAAGAUCAUGAUGCCAUAAAAAACAACUUGACCCUCUUUUAUGAUAGGUACAAGGCCACGUUCACAACUUUUCCCAAGGAGAAAGGUUGGGUGAGUGCUGACCUAUACAUGUACCAAGGCUUUUGGUUCGAAUCUGCCAAAACAUUUUCAGUUAUGACUGCUAUGGCAGCGCAAGACGAAUUUAAGCCUCAUCCAAGUGAUAUCUACUUGGCCACAUUGCCAAAGUGUGGCACCACAUGGCUCAAGGCUCUGGUGUUUGCUAUAGUGACGAGAGACCGUUACCUACACGAAUCAGCUUCCACUAACCCUCUUCUCUUCAAUAAUCCGCAUAAACUUGUGCCUGCAAUUGAGACCGAAGUCUUAAGAAACAAUCCUACUUAUGCCGAGGGUCAUUCACCCCGUCUUUUUUCUACUCAUAUACCUUACACUUCAUUGCCCGAGUCCAUUGUUGAUUUCGGUUGUAAAAUGAUUUACAUGUGCAGAAAUGCUAAAGACGUUUUGGUUUCCUUGUUUCACUUUUCAAACAAGCUCAGAGACACAUCGCGUGGUCUAAUGACAAUUGAGGAGGCAUUUGAGAUGUUUAGUAAAGGUAUUAGCCCAAAUGGACCGUACUGGGAGCAUGUGAAAAGGUAUCGUAAGGCUAGUUUAGAAAAUCCGUCAAAGACUUUAUUUUUAACAUACGAAAACAUGAAAUCGGAUACUGUGAAUAAUGUGAAGAAUCUGGCGGACUUCUUGGGCUACCCUUUCACUGAAGAGGAAAAGUCCCGUGGUGUGAUGGACGAGAUUGCGAGCUUAUGUAGUUUUGAAAAAUUAAGUGAGGCCAAUAAGCAUGGUGAUUUAAUUCACGGAAUAAUGCCAAAUAGCGUGUUCUUUCGACAAGGUAAAGUUGGAGACUGGACCAAUUAUCUCACAACACCUGAAAUGUGCCAAAUUUUGGAUGAGAUUACCAACAAAGAGUUCCAUGGUUUGGACAUCUCUUUCUAAAAUUGAUUACAUUGUGUUUAUGUGUUUCAGUAUUUGAAUAAUGAGUUUCAAAAAUUUCCUUUUUUCAGUAUUUAAGUUUAGUUCUUGUUAGCCUUUGUAAUGUAUCAAAAAUAAUUUCAAUGUAUAUCGGUACCUUGUUUACCUUCA